UGUGACGGGAAACAGCCAAAGUGUGGACGAUGCGUCGGCUACGGCUAUGAAUGUGUCUACUCCAUAGGAAGGCCUCGUCGUCGACGCGAAAAGGCCUCCGGGAACGGAGAUGUCGCCGGAGGAAGUGCCCCGGCCGGCCCUGGCCCGGGAACUGGCACUCACACUGGGCUUCGGACCGCCGUAGAUCAGUACGAGGCCCUGGUGCAGCAGCUCAUCGCCCAGCUUCCCUCGCAGCAGCAGCAGCAAGACGCUCAGGCGCAGCUCAACACCAUCAAGUCGCAGGUUGAUCAGGCCGUGAAUUCGGCACCAGCAGAGACGACGCCGUCAUACUCGCCGGAAGCGGAUCACGGACGCCACCAACAACACGACUACCAUCCAUCGCCGACACCUUCUCUCAAGCGCAGCCAGAGAUACUUGGGCGAAGUCAGCGACGUCCACUUCUUUAACGUGAUCAAGCGCAUCCUGCAGACCAAAGACGCCCCAGGUGGCGGGGCGGACCACGAUUUUGACAGCUACGAGCAGGACGGGGACGCCUUGCUUGCCGGGGCAGCCGCGGGAGGGAGGCUGGUGGAGCUCCCGGGUCCCGAGCAGGAGCGCAAGUUCACCGACGUGUACUUUGCGACCAUUCACCUCGCGUAUCCCUUCAUACCCCAGUCCACCUUCUCGAAACUGUGCGACAGGAUAGGAGGUGCGCCCAACGGCGGUGAUCGUCUGGGCGGCACGGAAUCUGCUCUCUAUUAUGUUAUCUGCGCCAUUGGUUCAUACUACACGUCGUUUCUAGAGAAGAACUCGGAUACCCGCCACUUUCACGGCGUCUACUUCCAGCGUGCACUGGCUCUCGCCGCCUCAACCGCGUCGUCAGAUCGGUCAAUCAACCAAGUUUCACUGCUCCUGACGCAAUGUUUCUACUAUCUCGCCGUAUCCCGGACGGACAGCUGCUGGAUGACCCUCGGCCAAGCCGUCCGGAUUGCCCAAGGCAUCGGCCUGCACGUCGAAAAAGACAAGAACAACCCCAGGCACACGGUGGAAACCGAGACGCGCCGUCGGAUAUGGUACUCCAUCUACGUCUUGGACCGUCUACUGUCCCUCCAGCUGGGGCGCCCUGCGGCCGUGCACGAGGACGACUUUGACGUGCCCCUGCCCUCGCGGCGCGCCGACUUCGAGAUUGACUGGGAGGCCAGCCACAUGGAACUGCCCGUCGAGGAGUCCUCGGGCGGGGACUACUUCCUCGCCGUCAUCGGCUUCUCGCAGAUUCUGGGCCGCGCGCUGCGAGACGUCUUUGGGCCGAGGCACGCGCAGCUCACUUCUGAGAAUGCGCUUAGGACGAGGGAUCUGGACCGCCAGCUUGUGGAUUGGAAAUCCAGGCUUCCGCGACGGCUGCGGUUCGAUCUGGGUCAUGCGUUUGACCAGAACUUUGCAUUCAAAAGACAGCGGAACAUCCUCGCAGUCAAGUUCCACCACCUCCGGGCCCUCCUCCACCGGCCGUACCUGUGCUACCCACUCCUCCGCGGCCUCGAUGACACGUCCUCGACCCUGUCCCAGGUAGACUGGCACCUAGUCAGCGUGUCCGAAAAGACGUGCGUCGCCGAAGCGCGGGAGACGGCGCGGCUGCUGCACGGCGUCUCAAGCGAGAAGGACCUGGUCCACGACUUUCCCUGGUGGCAGAUGAUUUCGUGCCUCUUGUGCGCGAGCUCCAUCCUGCUGAUAUCCAGCACGUUCACGCAGCCCAUGGCGGAGGACGAGGCCGUCUUUGACGCCGAGGGCCUGUCCGACGAUGCUGAGACGUGUCUCAAGAUGUUUGAGGCGCUGAGCUGCAACUCGUCGAGCGCCAAGAGCGCGCGGGACAUGCUAAAGGGUCUCAAGGAGUGCGGCGUCGACUGGAAGAGCAAGAACCCGCCGCGGCCUGCCGUGUUCGCCGAGGUGCCGCCGCAGCAGCAGCACGUGUCUGGCAGCUCUAUGCAGGCGCAGCAGGCGAUGCUGUCGCCUGUGGAGAUGAAUGCGUUGAGCGGCAUACCAGAUGCUGCCGCCGCGCACGAUAUAGGCAUGCUCGGUAUGGGUGUCGCUCCGCUGGCGCCUGGUCAGUGGCCGGCGGAGAUUGUGGACUCGAUGGCGUGGUCUGCGCAGUUCUUUGAUGCCAUUCAGGGGUACGGCAACGGCGAGUGA